UUAUAACGUAAAUGGCAAAAACAAAGACAACUCCGAAGAACAACACAACAGUCAACACCAAGAUCGCAUGUAUAUUAUGCGGCAAGAAACUAGCGAAUUUAAGCUCACUUAGAAGACAUGUAAGCAGGAUACACGGGAACCCAACCAACACCCGUUAUAUGUGCAAGAUAUGUAAGCGCACAUAUGGACGGAGGGAUUUAUAUGAUCGUCAUAUCAUGGAAAAACAUCCAUUUUAUAAUAUAGAACCAGAGAUUUUCAAAGAUGAAGUAAGGAAGGAAGCUGCCAUUCCCAAUAAGUGGCAAAGACCGUCCGAAGCUUCAACAAAACAAGAUUGGACAAGAGUUAAAUUCAAAGUCAAACCGGCAACGAACGGCAACAGCCCGGGACCACCUGUGAGAACACCGGAACCCGUACAGAACACGUUGGAAAUGCUGAAAGAUGACCUACAACUUAGCGAUGAUUCCAGCGAAAACACCUCCACGAAAACCAGUAGUAUUAUGAACUUACUAGAUAAGAUUGUAGACUAUAAGAAACUGGCGUACAAAUCUGUAUCUGACGCCACGAUCUGCCUAGAUGAGAGACAGUGAGUAUAGAAACUGGAAAUAACAAGAACAAACUUUUUAUAACACAGAAUAACUUUUUAUUAACAUGGAGUAUUGAACAUUUAAUAUAUACAUGUAUUCUCAUAUGGAGCUCGACCAUUUUAACGUGAAAAAUACUAAUAACGGCUUAUCUGCCCAUAUCUAUUGUCUAUAAACUACGUCACAAUAGAUUCUGAACCCCGAAAAAUGUACUUCAGGGGGAAAAUUUGUAUUAUAAUUUGUCCUGAUGAAGCCUCGCAUAUAGAGGCGAAACUUGUCGACAAAUAAAUUAAAAGUAACCCACUUACCCGGUGACACUUGUCCUGUUAUUUAUGUGUUAAUCUUAUCACAAGAGAACAAAUACUUAUUAAAAUCUUAAAACCUAGAAUGCAGAAUGAUUGUUA